UAAGACUCGUUCAGACGUACGUCGUCGUUUUAAAUGAAAUAUCUUGGAUACAUUGAAAAACGGAGUCCGACGGAAUGAGCGUGAAGCUGACAGAGGAGGAAGUAUCAAUUUGUUGAAACGUUUGGUGAAUCAAGCGUUACUGACAAUGACGCACGCUGGAGAAUCGAAGGGACAAGACUGAUAUGGUGUUUUCGAUAAUGUCGACGGCCGAUCCGAGAGACAUUUUGGAAGUGGUUGCCGAACUGUCGAUGGCCGUCGCGUAUCGUUAUGAAGAUCGAAGAAGCUUCCUAACGCUAGGUUGCGUUAGUCGAACAAACUGCAGGAUCAAGUAGAUCAAACUCUGCCGUUUCGAGUCCCGGGUUAACUGGGGUUGGUGAAAGUGUUCAGGAUUUACUGGAAGGCAGAGACGUGCUCAGAUCACGGGGCUAACGAACGAGCUGUCGCAACAUUUUCACGAGAUUCGUCUCUACCAUGCAACCGUUCUCGACUGGCAGUACAAUGGCGACCGAAACACCGACCAGCCUUCCGCCAGAGAGGGUCACCUCACCGGCGCCCUGCAAAAAUCUGACCUUCUCCAUCGCGAAGAUCAUGGAGCCUGACAAACGUCUAACCGAGCAAACUAAUCAGCAGACAACAGCUCAACCACCACCACCGCCAACGACGACACCAACGACGUCAAGUAUUCUCCAACAACCACCCAGUCUACCUUCGUUGACGUAUUCCGCUCACCUGGAAUCGGCCUUCAAGAAGUACGUGCCAACGUUGAGGCAUCAGAAUCUGUUGCAACCCUAUUCGCUCCUCUAUUAUCACCCAAACUCGUUGCUGAGAGCGUUUCCAGCGCCGCCGCCUGCGGCACCGACGGUGCCUCAGAGUUCACCGACACCCACCGCCAUUCAAGAAGCCUUUUCGAGGGUGAGUCUGACGGAGACAUCGCCGGAGAGUCAACGGGGCAAGAAGAGUCCAGGACCUCGAAGCAACGAGCUCAGCACCACCAAUAAACAAAAGACUUUCACCUGUCUGGAGUGCGGCAAGGUAUUCAACGCCCAUUACAACCUGACCAGACACAUGCCGGUCCACACCGGAGCACGUCCGUUCGUUUGCAAGAUCUGCGGCAAAGGUUUCCGUCAGGCCAGCACCCUGUGCAGGCACAAGAUCAUCCACACGGCGGAGAAGCCGCAUAAAUGUCCGACCUGCGGCAAAGCGUUCAAUCGCAGCUCGACUCUGAACACCCACAGGCGUAUACACGCGAAUUACAAGCCGUUCGUGUGCGAGUAUUGUCAUAAGGGGUUCCAUCAGAAGGGCAACUACAAGAACCACAAGUUGACGCACAGCGGCGAAAAGGCGUACAAGUGCAACAUUUGCAACAAGGCGUUCCACCAGAUUUACAACUUGACCUUCCAUAUGCACACGCACAACGACAAGAAACCGUUCUCCUGUAAGAUCUGCGGGAAAGGAUUCUGCAGGAACUUCGAUCUGAAGAAACACAUGAGGAAGCUUCACGAUACCGGAAUACCGGUGUUGAACGGUCUCGGUACUUCCUCCGAGAGUCACAACCAACAAUCGGGCUACGCGUCGGUUCAUCAUGGACCCACCUCGUUCGUCAGUCCGUUUCUGCUACCGCCACCAGGAUCCACCAGUUAUCUUAGCAAGAUGUUGUGACAGGGUGAGAACAUCCAUUUCCAGAGAAAGACUCAGUGUCCUCUCAUCCUAGGUCCACCUUGUUACACCGGGGACAUCGGCCAGUUGACGCAGCCUUCGAAGUGAAGAGGACCUCGAUGAUAUCCGCAAAGACGCUCGUGGUUAACGAGAAUCCGUGAAUUCGAGAUCUUGAAACGAACCCUUCCGGGAUCGAGUCAGUUUUCGUUGGAACACCAUGAAUACCAAAGAGACUACGAAAAUAUAUGGGGAAUAUGCGGCGUGUACGUGUUACUGCACAGUUUUCGAGACAAUCAACUACCUCAUCUACAGCAAACGAAUCGUAGGGACAAAGAUUAUUUCUGUUUCUAUCGUAAGACUAGUCUCUGUCGGAUUAUCAGCACAGAAGGUCUCCGAAAUAAUUUCUGACAGAGACAAAACGAGGAGUUCAACGUUCAGAGAUCGACGAGAAAGGACUUUCUCUGGCGAAGGUGUGCGAAGCAGAUGGAUACGAUGUAUUUCGAGUUCACGAGUUCACUGGGAAUCGUUGCACCUGUGCCGGAUCAAUCUCUGUCCAUCGUUCUUUCACAGCGUACUCUGAAGUUUCGUGGUUUAAUCCGUAGCUACGAAAAACCGAUGAUAUCGAACAAUACCGUUCGAAAAAUCACGCUGUUAACGCUUUGAUUGGCACGCUCUGAAAUCCUUGAAAAUACUUUCGGUUGGUAAUUCUAUCUUCGAUAAAUUUCAUGUAUUAUUCUUGAGAUACCUAACUGUUUCUGUCGAACAAAUGUUUAAGUAUUCGGUAAAUCUGACUUGACGUUCAAAGUGUUAACCUGAUCGUACGAACCAAACAUAAGUGGUUAGAUUAAUAAUUAUCUAACAUCUCUGUUUCGACAAACUUAUUCGCGCAGCAAACGCGGUGUGUCUAAAGAGUAAUAAGAUCAUACUUUUUAAGUUUUUGAAACUGUAGGCAACAUCCGAAAGAGGACAGUUCCAGUCGAAUACUUUUUACCACUGCUAAAGUAGGAGCUCGAUUUUACAGCAGCAGUCUUAUUACUGAUUAGGUACGCCGUAUAUAUUCUUAACUCGGAUAUUCAGGCAAACAUUACAAUUUCGAAUAUGUUUGGCAAACAGCGCGUCGAAUUAGACGACUCGACGCGUACAAUUUCGACGGGACAAUGAUAUUUUAACCGAACUAGCAGUUGCGAGCUACCUGCAAAACAUCGAGCAAACACAUAACCCCAGAAAGCAAAUAAUCGGGCAGCAUCGAACGAAAUAAACCAUGUUUGGGAGGUAAAUCAACAGAAGAGAGUCGAGGCAGUGUGAUAGCUAUUGGUUAUUGGAAACCGGUCCCCCAUGAUAUCGGAAUUAAUCGUCGCAUGGAAGCUUAAUCGAUGGUAUUCCGCGAGACACGAUUACUUAUUUAUGUAAAUAAUUGUAAAUAUUUGUACCUGCGACAGAGGGACGCGUUGAUCGUUGACGAUUAAAUGGAAAUUGUGCUCGCUUCACGAUGCUGUCGUUGAAACGAGAAGUAACACAUAGAUUUGCAACGAUGAUUCUUUGUCCACAUUAGAGGAGUGUUUUAUCUUCGUUCACUUCCGAGGAAAAAGCUCGAAGGUAGGAGCUUUAGAGCAACGUCCACGAAUAUGUUACCGUAAAAGCGGAAAAUUUGGUAAAUGCACAGCGGAACCUCGAUAAAUUUCUGCUGGAAAUCUAAUUUCGUGGAACAUCUUUUAAGAACAAAGUUGCUUAGCAAAUCUUGCCCUGAGAACUACUGCAGGAAAAUAGCGAGGUUUUGCUGUAUACGCUUACUGGUAAAUGUACGCAUUCACUUUGUCAAUUUUUAAGAUUCGAAAAUUAUACUUACAAUCGUGUACAAUUGCACACGAAUGCAGUUUAUGAAGUUAGUACGUAGAUUGACUAGCGAGCGUAUGUACAUUUACCGAAUUAACGUUUACCGUGACAGAUACACGUUGAUCGCAUAUUCUAUUUAUCUUUAGGCGAAAUGUAUAAAAUUCGGUGUGAUAGUAGCUUUUAAGUGACGCGUAGACACAACGAGCACAGUGUCGUUGGCCAUUAAUAAAAUACCGUGUUGUAAUUAUGCCGUAGGGCACGUUCAGGAUCGUUCGUGGCCAUUGCGAUUAAUAACGGUCGUUUUUACGAGCUUUUGCAAUAGAAAAUGUUAAUAUUCGGCUCUAUGCAUUUUUAUUUACGUCUCCAACACUUGACAAGCAAUAUCGUUUAAUUAUUUCAUUUAUGUUUUCUUCAAAUUCUUCUCUUCGUUUCGAUUGACAUUCGCGAUGGACUCGUACCUCGUGUUUUUCUAACGGAUUAGGUAAGCUAACGAGAAUGAAUUAAUUAAGCAUAAUUAAAUGGCGAAGAUAAGGGAAAACAAAACGUUAUACAUGUAGAUAAUCGGUAGAGUAGAUGAAAAUGCAUAUGUAUGUGUCCCCUUAUUGUAAAUAUGA